CUGCAAUUCAUGCAAAUAACUACAUCUGCAGUAUAGUACUCAAAUAUAACAGCCUCCCUUGCGUCUUGCUAUUCAAUACCUAGCUGCAUUAUUGAAAAUUGUACCGCUUAGAGCCAUCAUGCCUCUCCAGGUUUUACCACUAAGUGUUUCAGACUUUGAACAGCUUAUUCACCAUGCAGACUUCGGCGAGCCUGGGGAUGAUUGCGUAGCACCUCCUAAUCCAGUGGCAUGGCCUGUCACUACACGGUCUGAAGCACAAUUACGGGCUCGCUGCGCCUUUUCUCUCCAGAAGCGUCGACUCUUACGUGACCCUACUGUGCACUUCCUGAAGGUUGUUGACAAGAAGGGGGCUGGCAGCAAUACAGGUGAAGAUGAUAUCAUCGCCGUUGCCCGAUGGCAUCACUACCCUCAAGGCUAUGAUUAUGAUCUCGAAGCAACUUGGGAGAUGGCUCCCGAAACCUUAACGCCUCUUUUGCCCUACAUGAUCAAUGAAAGUCCAGAAUCACUUCUGUCGUCCUAUCCACCAUCCAACUUCAACCUCGCCUUGCACAAUUAUAUCCUCUCCGAACGCGACGCCUUUCGUUCACAAUGGAUUCCACAACGAAAUCCAUGUUGGCUUUUGAUGCACCUAACAACACGUCCUAGCAAUCGAAUGCGUGGAGCAGCGUCCUUGCUAAUUCGAUGGGGCCUCGCAAAGGCCAUUGAGGCAAAUGAGCCCGCUUACUUGGAAGCUGGGGCGGCUGCCAGGCCAAUCUACGAGAAAUUUGGUUUCAAACAAGUUGGGGAGCUUAAAAAAUUGGAUUUGGGGUUUUAUGGGAUGGACGCUUACUUUGAACUCUCGAAUAUGAAGUAUGAUCCGCAGGGAGCAAUUAGGUCCUAACAAAUCAGAGUUAAGCUGGUGUAAAUGAGUUGGAGUAGGGUUUUCAACCUGCGUCAACUGUCAUAUAUCCUUAAUGUAGCGAACAAUACAAAUACAAUAGCAGCACAUACAGCAUAUCUAAAUCUUUCAGCAGUCUCUUGGCGGAAUAGUUGCCGGCUUAGAAAGCUGAUUGUCGCA